GGCAGCCAUGGGGCCGCGGGAGCCGCGCCACCGGCUGGAGGCGGUGCUCGGCGCCCUCUACGACCUGGGCGACGAGCCCGGCGGCGCUCGGGGCGCUGCGGAGAACGGCGAAGCGACAGCAGUGCUGCCGUCAGCGGAGAAGGAAGAAAAAGAGGAGGAAGAGAGCCGGGAGCCCCAGCCGGCGGCGGGCGGGCGGCGCGGGGCCCGCGGCUUCUUCGGGGAGUUGCGGGCCGAGCUGAGCGCCGCCGGCACUGCCCCGCCGCCCCCCGCCGCCCCGCCGGCUGUGGAGGUCGUGGUGUUUCGCGGGAGGAAGAGGAAGGAGCGGCACGGCCCCUCGGCAGCGCCCGCCGGCGGAGCACAGACCCAAAUAGUGAAUGAAGAGAAAAAUGCAGUCAGACAAGACUUUAACUUUGAAAAGGCUCGCCUGGAAGUGCACAAGUUUGGAAUCACUGGCUACAAGAAGCAGGAGCAACGUGUUUGGGAACAGGAGCGUGCCAUCAUGCUGGGAGCCAAGCCCCCCAAAAAGGUGCAUGUGAACUACAGGACUUACCAAGAGAAACUGAAAGAGAAAAAAGCAGCGAAGGAUGCUGAUAAGGAAAAGCAGGAACAUAAAGGUGAUUCUCUUAAGAAGAAGAAGAAGCAGAAAGAACAGAAGGAGAGGAAGGCCAAAAGGAAGAAAUCAGUGCCUAGCAUUUGGCCUGCAGGACAAGUUGGAAAAUUCAGAAAUGGAACCUUGAUUCUGCAAAGCCGUGACAUAAAGAAAAUUAAAUCAUCUAAAGUUAGCAAAUGAACUUCAUGAUGCAGAGUGAAA